UAAAACAUCAAGAAGAAGAAGAAGUAAACAGUAGCAGCUAGCAGCAUUAGCUGGCUGUGUGUAAUGAAUGAAGUGAAGACGGUACUGAGUCACAGCGCAGCUCAUUAUUGAACGAGUAAUUAAAGAAGAAUGAGUUCAGUUGAGAGUUUGAGAGAGUUUGUCAACGAGCGACUAACUGCUGCUGCUGAAGAAAUAUUCAGAGUUUUUAAAACAACUAUCGUCCAGUACGAGGAAGAGAUCGAUCGGCAGCGCGUCAUGCUGGAUAUCUGCUGGAAACCCCAAGUAAAGUUACACAGGAUAGAGCUCCCACAGCAACAUGUCUGUAAGGAGGAGGAGGUUCUGGCUGACCAGCAGCUCUGUAACCAGGAGAGGAACUCCAGUCUGGACCAAGAGGACCCAGAGCCUCCAGAGAUUAAAGAGGAACAGGAGGAACUCUGCACCAGUCAGGAGGGAGAGCAGCUUGUAGUGAAGGUGGAGACGGAUACCGUCAUGUUGACUCCAGCUUAUGAGGAAAGUGACCACAGUGAAGCAGAACCAACAAGUGACCACCAGCUCCUCUCUAACAACUCUCAUGUAGCUGAGAGCCGAGACCAGAAAGGAGGAAAACAUGGAGACUCUGGAUCAACUGGAGAUGGAGAGCUGAGGGAAAAGAAAAGACCUCACGGAAAAAGUAAAAACUCUACGUCAUCAGACAUUCAACAUAACACUCACCCAGGUGAGAAUUCUUUUAAAUGUGACACAUGUGGAAAGACUUUAAAGUAUAAGUCCCAACUGAAUAUACACCUUAGAACCCACACAGGCGAGAAACCUUUUACCUGUGACAUUUGUGGGAAAGGUUUCAGCCAAAGCUCACACAUAGCAGUUCACAUGAGAACCCACACAGGUGAGAAACCAUAUUCUUGCAGAACAUGUGGGAAGACUUUCAAGUCUCAUGCUGACUUGAAACAACACAUGAGAAUCCACACAGGUGAGAAACCAUAUUCUUGCAAGACAUGUGGGAAAGCUUUCAGCCACCGCUCAACUCUAACACCUCACAUGAGAACCCACACAGGUGAGAAACCGUAUUCUUGCCAAACAUGUGGGAAGGAUUUCAAGUGUCGUAGUCAGUUGUAUCGACACAUGAGAAUCCACACAGGUGAGAAGCCAUUUUCUUGUGAAACAUGUGGGAAAGCUUUCAGCCAUCGUAUAAGCUUAACAUUUCACAUGAGAACCCACACAGGUGAGAAGCUGUUUACUUGCAAAGAAUGUGGGAAGACGUUCACACAAAACAGUACCUUAACAGCUCACAUGAGAACCCACACAGGUGAGAAGCCUUUUACUUGCAAAACAUGUGGGAUAGAUUUCAGAUUUCGUACUUCCUUAACACAACACAUGAGAACUCACACAGGUGAGAAGUCGUAAUCUUGCAAGACCUGGGGAAAGAUGUUCUGAUCAUUCUGCUCUGACGAGACAUUUGAUGAAACGUACAGGCGAAUGUUGGAGGUGGUUCAGUUCUAAUGUUUAAUGCACAAUUGCAGAAUGUUAUCUUUAAAUGACAUACUUGAAGAAUGCUCAGAGAAUCAGUACACACAGGAGAAAUGAUGAGCUGAUGCUGAAUGUGAACAAUUCUCCCUUGAGAAGAUGUCAAAAUAUGUUUGUGUCUAUCUUCAUGCUGAUUUGCCCAUAUUUGUUAACGUGAUGAUUAAAACGUCAAGUGAAUCAGU